GCCAACAACGGCAGCUGUGCGGCUACUGCUGAGUUCCUGUAUAACGAAAACUGCGCGACAGCAAGCAAGGCAAAAGAUCAAAGGAUCAAACAAAACUGCUCGGUAUUUAACCAAGGAGUGAAAAUGUGCACCCCUCUGAAAAGUAAGAACGAGAAGAAACAAAAAUCAGGAGUUGACACCUGUUGGCACGUAGCCGCACUGGGAUUCCUGGUUACCUUUCUUGCCACUGCAUCUCAGACUAACUCCGCCUUUUUCUACGUGGGUUUCAUGGAGCAAUUCGACGUCAACCGGGAAACUGCUACCUGGCCCGUCAGCAUUAUAACGGCGUUGUCUCACUUGGCUGCUAUUUUUGUGGCACUCUUUCAACGGAGAGUAUCACUAUUCAAGAUAUUUCUACUGGGAGCGCUGUUGACCUGGUCAGGAUUGGUGGCAUCUGCAUUUGUUCCCACCAUGGCAUGGAUGACGGUGACUUUCGGCGCCAUUCAAGGUCUUGGAGUUGGGCUAACUAUAUUGACAUAUGGUAUACUCCUUACAAUGUAUUUUGACAAGUACAGAGGCUUAACUUCGGGAAUGAAGUAUUCUGGAGGAUCAUUGGGCGGUCUGGUUUUUCCCAAGCUUCUACCCUACUUACAACAGGAAUACUCCUUCUGUGGUACGCUUCUUAUCUACGGAGGCAUUAGUAUGCAUCUUUCGGCCAUCGGUGUUUUCGUCAAGGAACCACCGUGGACGUCCUUGAAGAAAAACGGUGAGGGUGCGCGGAAUCCAGCUGACGAAUGUUCGUCGAAACUAGAGAUAAUCUCGGCUGAUUCCAAACAACUCCAACAAGCUUCAACGAUCCCUGCCGGAAAGCAAAUCAAGAAACAUCGUCCGGCACUGAGGCUGUUAAUCAAUCCUAUGCUUUACGUUGUUGUUACACUGGCAGUAGUGACAGACUUUAUAGGAGCUGCGUUUGUCACUACUCUGGUCGACUACGCACUAGAUAAAAGUCUGUCAAUUGAAGAUGCCGAAUCCCUCAUCAUGUACGGAUCUUGCAGCCAACUCGUUGGACGGUUGUUCCUUCCACUUAUGGCGGACAAGGGAUGCUUUAGACGCAGUACCUUAGUUAUGGCGAGCUUUUUUAUAUGGGGAUGUUCAGUGAUUGCUAUGCCGUAUGCAACGCUUCGUGUGCACAUAAUUAUUCUGGGCUUGAGCGUGUACCUCUUUUACGGAUGUCUGCAAUCUAUGAAAAGCGUCCUUAUGGCGGACUACAUCGGUGUCCAAUGGAUCUCAACAUGCUAUGGGCUCUCAGGGUUGGUCUUACUGCCUCUCACUUUCUGCAGUCCAUCAAUUACAGGUUAUUUUAGAGACCUUUAUGGAAGUUACGACGGCCUGUACAUGCUUCACGGCGGAAUACAGCUGGCAGCUUCGGCACUCUUCCUCGCUGUUGUCUGUGUUGAAAAAAGGAACACAAAAGUAUGGACGCUAAGCGACACAAUCUGA